UUUUAUUAUUGUUGUUACAGGCUAUGGAGUUGCUUGUGGAAAAAGCAAUCAGCAGCGCGACUGGACCACAGAGUCCGGGGGAUGCACUUAGAAGAGUUUUCGAGUGUAUAUCUUCAGGAAUCAUCCUUAAAGGUGGUCCUGGCAUUCUGGACCCUUGUGAAAAAGAUCCUUUUGAUACACUUGCUGUAAUGACAGAUCAGCAACGAGAGGAUAUUACUUCAAGUGCACAGUUUGCACUGAGACUCCUUGCAUUCCGUCAAAUUCACAAAGUUUUAGGAAUGGAUCCAUUACCACAGAUGAAUCAACGCUUCAACACCCAUAACAAUCGUAAAAGGAGAAGGGACAGCGAUGGGGUUGAUGGAUUUGAAGCAGAGGGAAAAAAAGACAAAAAAGAUUAUGAUAACUUUUAAAAAAAGUCUGUCAUGUGGGCUAAGUUUGGAGAUGAUAGAAAGUCCAUUUGUUGCCUUACUUUUACUCCAUUCAUAAUAGUGUCUGUUUAAAACAGCCAAAACCAACUUGAAAAUCAGAUACAGAAAAGAACAACCUAGCCAUUCUAUGAGGUUCUGAACAUUUUAAUGGAUGUGCUGUAUCAGAAAAACUACAGAUGGAAAAACUACAAAUGGAAACUCUGUCAUUAGAAAAAAAUAGAUUGAGGUUUUUUUCCCCUUAUUACAUUUUCUUUAAACGGGUUACUAAUUAAAGUAAGUACUCUCCAUUUUUUUUCCUGUUUCUAUUAACAAGUGCAUUAUCUUAUCUUGACUCUAUUUAAUACAACAUUCGUACUUCGGUUGCUAAAAUGUCAAAAUA